GCUGACGUGGCAGAGGGUAGCAGAGAAGCGAUGCUAAUAAGGCAGAAAGAUGCGGAAUUUGUUGUCACGAUGGGAUGCAGGAGCAUCAGAAAAGACUUUGAUUUAGUGAUAGGCGGUGAAGCAGAAGCAGUCAUUCCCAGAUGGAUUCUUGGAUUUCACCACAGCAUCCUCAGCCAAGGGGAAGGAAUAUAACCCAGAAGGAAGGCCAGGGCAGGGGCCCAUGGAGGGAAGUCUUCCAUGGGCCUCCUCCUCAUUCCAGGCCCAACGAGAGGCUCUACCAUCAGUCCCAAGAUCCACGGGCAGGGCCUCCACCUUGGCCAGAAGCCCGAAUGGAGUACUACCACCCAACAUAUCAUCCACGACUCCAGAACUAUGGGAGACCAAACUCCAGGGCAGAAUAUUAUGAGAACAGUUAUCUCAACAGACCAUACUCAAGGCAAGGUUAUGAAGAUCUGUAUUGGAUCCCUGUGGAAGAUUAUUCCUACGGUAGUUAUCAGCGAUACCCCCAAGAGAUGCAGGGUGACAGAGAUCCAAGGCAGAGAAAUACUUAUGGUGAACAUACAGAUUACCAGAUUCAGAGUUACUACAGAGAUUACCCGCAGGAGGAAAGCAGUAGAAUUGUCUGGCAUGACAAUGCAACACCAAUUCGGUCUAAAAAGCAUGAGCCUUAUGAAGACAGGUAUGGCACAAAGGAAGAUGACUACUAUAAUUUAAGUUAUGGCCGUUCUUUGCAACAAGGAUGGAUUCCAAAUGAAAUGCAAGGGAGAGUCCUGGAGAAUCUUGGGGCUCCAGUACAUGAGACUCCAGCACUUGAAGAGCCAAGCCUCCUUCAACAGUACAAAGAAUCUGGCCUCAGCUCCAGCACUUAUGAGCUAAGCCAGUACAUCUAUGAUGCUUCCAGUCCAAAUGAAACAACUCUUUCCAAGGAUUGGAGUCCAGUUCAAACAGGAGAAGAUAUACAGGCACCUCAGAAGUUUCCCUCGCCCCAUGUACCUGUCUGCUUUGGAGCUGGAGGGCACCUGGUCCGAGGAUGUCCUAAUUACCCAGCAGAAGGGCAACCUGCCCUUGUUGAAAUACACAGCCUGGAAGUUAUUUUACAUGACACUGCUGAGCAGGAGGCUAUGCGAGACUUCCCAGGACCUCUGAUCAGGGAAGACUUGCACAAGGUAGAUGUGAUGACAUUUUGUCAACGCCAAGCAGCCAUGGGCCAUGACCUGGGAUCUAACCAGGGGCGAGAUGCCGCCUUGCUUUGGAAACUCCUUCUCCUUCUUUGCCGCCAGAAUGGGUCCAUGGUGGGGUCUGACAUAGCAGAACUACUAAUGCAAGACUGCCGGCACCGGGAGAAGUACAAAAGACAAGAGCCAGUAGCCAAUCUGAUCAAUCUGACGGAUGAGGAGUGGCCGGUACAAGUCUAUGGGACCCCAGAUCUUCUCACAGGGGAGAUAAUGCCAAGUGUUGGCACACAGAAGCAAAACGUGGAGAAGUUCACCAAACUCCUCUUCUAUGGGAGAAAAAAAGAAGCACUGGAUUGGGCCAUGAGGAACCAGCUUUGGGGUCACGCUCUCUUUCUAUCCAGCAAGAUGGACCUGAGGACCUAUAGCUGGGUCCUGACCGGGUUCACCAGCACUCUGGCCUCCAAUGACCCUCUGCAGACGCUUUUCCAGCUCAUGUCUGGAAGAAUCCCCCAGGCAUCUCUGAGCUGUGGGGAUGACAAAUGGGGAGACUGGAGGCCACACCUGGCUGUCAUCCUGUCCAAUCAGGUGGGAGAUGCUGAGCUGAAUCACAGAGCUGUUGUCACCAUGGGAGACACAUUGGCUGGGAAGGGGUUAACGGAGGCAGCUCACUUCUGCUACUUGAUGGGGAAUGUCCCUUUUGGUCAUUUUGGAGUUAAAACGCACCACCACAUGGUAUUGCUGGGCAGUAGCCAAAGGAAGGCUCAUAUACAAUUUGCUACAUUAACAGAUAUCCACAGGACGGAGGUCUUUGAAUACUGCCAGCUGCUGGGGCAUCCCAAAGCUUUCAUCCCCACUUUCCAGGUGUACAAACUGAUUUAUGCCACUCACCUCACAGACUAUGGCCUUACUGCCCAGGCCUUGCAUUAUUGUGAAGGGGCUGGGAUGGCAUUCCUUGCCCAGAACGGAAAUACCAACCCCGUCCUCCUAGAGCAAGUUAUCAAGUUGGCAGAGCGGCUGAAACUCUCAGACCCACGGCUACUGGAAAGGCCUGAAGAAGAUGUCUCUUUAGAACCAGAUUGGCUCUUACAGCUCCGAGCCCUACAUCAGCAGACCAAGGAGGAAGGAAAUCUUCCCGGUGCUACUUCCACCCAGACGGAGCUUGUAAGGAACAGUGGAUCAAUACCAGGUAUGGCUCCCCAUUCUGAGCAUGUACAGAAUCAAGGCUCUUUGGAGGAUCUAAGGCAACAAGCUUCUUAUCUCCCGCCACCUGUGCACUCGGCUCAGCACCAGCCUGGCUUGGACCAGAGAUUGCAUUUCCAUCCUGGAUCUGACCAUCCUGUAAAUACAUCUGUUGCCAAUAUGGAGAAUGACCUGCCUGAGAUGAGUCACAGUUCCUUUUCUUCUCCUGGAGGACUUCCCGAUGACCUCUCCUCACAUCAGCACCAGCUAUCAGGGGGUGCUCAGGAAUCUGGUGCCAUGUACCCCACCAGCAGUGAACAGAACUUAAUGGAAAAUCAGAACAUAUUCAAUACCCGGAUCCGGUCCAUUUCUGAGAGUUCAAGUAUAUCUAUGGUAGAGGAUACCUCAGAAGAUACAGUGGAGGAAACCAUUUCAGAGAAGCCAGAAGAGGAGGAUGCUGGGCUAGAGCAAGCAAAGGCUUCUGGUUUUGGCUGGUUCCGGUGGUUUCGAUCCAAGCCUAACAAGGAUACAGAACUUCCCAGGAAGGCACCAACCACUCCUUUGGACUUGGCUGCUCCAGUUGCCCAGGAGGAAACAACUCUGCCACCACCUUCUCUUCCUCCCAUGGGUGGGAUCAAGCCUCCGUCACUUCCUCCUCCUUCUCCUCAUCUACCUCAUGCUGUUGGUAACCCUUUUUCUCAAAGCUCUCUGGGUACUUCUAGAACCAAAGACACACUAGGUGUUGGAAACCAAGAAGGGACCAUGUUUCCAGGUGCUAGAACCCAGGACAUUUCCUCUGAACGUCAUCCUGGCCAUGAUGGUGGACCUUUACUCCCAAAGGAAGGAUCAGUUCCACUUUACAAUCCAUCUCAGGUCACCACGGCAGCCGUCUCUGGCUCUGGCCAUCCACGACGCAGUUUUCCGCGCCGCUACCCACAUUAUCCUCAAUGAUCAAAGAAACCUUCGGGCUAUUUCUACUCCUCCUGGCCACCGUCCUUUUGCCUGAGGUUAACAGACUGAAUGCAAUUAUGUACCAUGCUCUUCUUCCUCUUGACUGAUGACCCAGCUUCCUGCUCCCCAAGGGGUACCAACAAGAAUAUUUAUGAGGGAGAGACAUGCUGCCCCCCCUUGUUCUCUCCGUGCCUAUUAAAAUGUGGAAUACAAUUGUAAUCUUUCUCAUGUGUUCUGAAGACCUAAUGUUCUUGUUCAUCCUUGGCAUCAUGAUCAACAGAUUUUUAAAAAAAAUAAUAAAGGGAAGAUGA